CCGCUAACCUUCAACUUUAACUCGCUACCUCCAUCUACCUUCCCCAUAACGUCGGCCAACUUAGCUGCGUGUGCAGACUCGACAUCAUGGCGGCCGCAUCCCCGGAUCUGUGACAUUGUCGAUGGGAUCGUCCUCGGGCCUGGCAUCAGUCUCGACCAAUCCUUCCACAGCACCGUCGCUCCACAUGAAAGCGUCGGGAAUUCAGUCCACGCCAGGAAUGCCAUUCGCCGCCGCCGUCAAGAAUUUGUUUGACGAGAUCAAUCGUACCGAUGGUGAUGCCCUGGUCUUCCUAGGUGUUUCGAUCCAGCUCUUUGCCGAGAUCAAAAAGGAGAGAUCGAAACGGGGAAGGAGACUUCGUUUUCGAUUCGAGGCUGGAUCCGGGAUGCUCAUCGUCACAAUCCCGACACAACUUCACGAACAACUCCAUCUUGGACUUUAUAAUCUUGGACGUGAUAAUAUUGUCCGGAUGGGGCGCGGCGAUAGCUGGAGCACGAUAGGCAGCACGACGUAUCGAGCACGCGGCCACCGAAACGGAGAUGAGGGAGAAGGAGACUCGACCGGAGGUCCAGAGCCACAACGUGAACAUCUUGGCGCCUGGCCAACCCUUGUCAUCGAGGCGGGGCAUUCACAAAGCUUGGAAGCCUUACGAGGCGGCAUGAAAUGGUGGUUUGGCGUGUCGGACCAUCAGGUGAAAAUCGUUCUGCUGACCAAAUUCGACACUCAGCAGAUGGCCGCCGUUAUCGAAAAAUGGGUCGAGAUCCAAGCACCAGCUCGACAGGGAGCAACGACAACUCGGGCGGCUGCCCAACUCAGACCCGAUUGCGACCAGAUCAUCACCAUCACGCAAAAUCCCGGCACGAACAGGGAUAAUCCCACGUCGUAUACUGUCACUAGGGGUGCUUUACGACUGGAGUUUGACCUCUUGUUUCUUCAACAACCGCAGCCGGGAUCGGCAGAGGGAGACGUCAUCAUUGACAUCCCAGAUCUCCAACGCUGGGCGGCGAGGCUCUGGCGACUGGUACCUUGAGUAGAUGGCCUUGAGUAGAUGGUAGUCAUGGAGUCGGACGGGAGGAAUGAAUUGAAUUUUUUUAAAGCAGAAGUGAAAAAUGUGUUUGCUCGCCAAGCAUGGUAGCCGACGCGCGCAUAAGGAAGCUGCAGGAUCGUGCAGACUUUGCGCGCGCAGGAAAAUAACUUAAAUAAUUUUUGUAGUUAGUCCGGGCACGACUGCAAAUUUUGAGGGGUCCACUUACGGAUCCACAGCUUCGUGUUUGUUUUUCCCUAUUAUUUCAUUGCUUUUAUUCUUGAGAUUGUGG